AUGCCCAUAUAUGGCGCUGACCCAGAAAGAGAUAGCCAGCUAAAGUGUGGAACGGCUAGCUGGAAAGUAAAUGGGCCAGGAUGUUUAAUAGUAGUAAUAUGGGCCAGGGCAGCCACCGUCAAAGAAAGGAGAAACCCCAGUAUCCCAAACGCGAAACCCAACCCCACACAGCCCUCAGAGGGCCUCCCAGCCCCUCGCAUUCACACCGGAGCAGCACCUACCAGCGACUCCAAGUCCCACGAACCAACGUGUCCUAACCCCGUCCCAGUGUCAUCGAACGACCGCCUCCAAGCUGCGCCGGAAAGCCACGAAGCAGCACGGAGCAUCCCCUCCCAACAGUGGCAAACCGGCGAACCCAACCCCUCUGACACCAGAUAUGGAGCAUCAAACUCAGAUGAUGGAAGCUUCUAUUUUGAUGGGGAUACUUUUGGUGGGCAUCAGCAUAAGGAUUUCCUUUCCACGACGUCUUCAGUUGUUCGAGGGGUUACUGCAUUUGCUGCCGCAGUUUCUGGAGAAAUAAAUGUUCCAAGGGAUAAAACAUUGGGUUUAGCAAAAUUUCUGUUGGGAAUUGGAGUCCCUGGAGAUGCUAAGGACUUCUUCAAUCAAGUUGAAGCGUUAGCUUUUCCGGAGAAUAUGCAACGAUUCCUGUUCAUUGCCGUUACGAAGGGGCACAAGCCCGGUGUAUACACCAGUUGGGAGGAGGCAAACCAUCAAGUUCUAGAUUAUACGUUUCUUGAGUUUCACGGAUUCAAUAGCUUUGAACACGCAUGCUCGUGCUUCAAAGCUAGGAUGUCGUCGAUUUAUGGCGAGAAAGGUCGUAGUGGUGAAACUGGUCGAGUGACGCCGGAUGGAGGUGGCUGCAAGAAUUUGGAUAUCUCCGGCGGAGGCUAUCCUUGCCGGCCAAUUGUUUCAUGUAUACUUUCCUGCAAUGGAGGCGCAUCUUGUAUGGCCUAGUUAAUUGUAAAUGUUGACGACGAGUAGGUAUGGUCAGAAUUAACAUUUUGCGUUUGAACUUGAUAGGGAGUGCAAAUUUUAUUUUGAAACGCAAUGCUAUUUAGUAGAUUUCUGAAACAAGACACAGUACUUAGGACCCAUUUAAACAUCCAAGUUUUGUGUUCAAAAGAAAAUGUUAACAACAUGUGGACAGACCUGAAACUACUAAGUAGCUAUUCAGUUUUGUUAGUCGGUUGUAACGAAUUAAACGAGCACGUGUUCCCGAACAUAAUAGGUGGCAUAAAUUUUGAUAAAAGAAAUAUUGUAAUGGAAUUUGAAAACUUGAAUAUUGUUGGACCUACCAGCUGGGGAUGGAAUAGAAGUAAAAUGGAGGUAGAGAGAAGAUUUUAGCGUUUGUUUGAAUGAAGGUUGUUACGGAGUUGUAUAGUUAUCAGAGUUAAAGCAAGAUUAUUUCGUUGUUUUUGAGUAUAACGGGGAAUUUAAAUUUAAAUUCCCGGUGAUUCAUUUGAGUGACUCCGAGAUUGAUUAUUCAAGUUUGAUAAGUUUCUAUGAAGAUGACCGCCGUAUGGGAAAUAAUUUUCCUAUUCAUAUGAUGGUGAUCAAUAUGGAAACCUCUGAAACUUGAGUAAUCAAUUUCGGAAGCAGUCAAACGAAUCGCCGUGGAUUUAAAUUUGGAUUCUCCUUUGUACUUAAAUGCCACGAAAAACUCUUGCUUUAGUUCCGAUAACUCUACAACUCUGUCUCAACCUUCGUUCAUUCAAACACUAUCAUUUUUUUUCUUGCUCCAUUUUACCUGUAUUUCAUCCCGGUUGGUAGCUCCAACAAUAUUCGUUUCCGCAGGCUAUUCGAAAAUUUUUGUUUUAAGAAAUUCGAUGCUACCUCGUGAUGUUGGCAACACGUUCUAUCAUGUUUGUUGUUAGCAUGAUAUCCAAUAGGAAUGCAGGAAAUUGAAACAGAUAUGAUUUAUAAUCUCUUUUUCCGUCGAAUAUUUACGCAAUAGAAAGAAAAAAUGCAGUAACUUUUUGCAAAUGUGCACGUCUUUGUUGCUGACUACAUGAGGACGAGGCCCACAAGGGGGGAUAAAAAAAGGCUGCGUGCGCACAUUAGGUUGAUGGAACAGACGUGGAAGAAUACAAAGGUUAUUCCGACAUGUAGUUUGGUCUUUGGGUAGCAAUCAUGUUUUCGUCAGGCAGCCUUAACACGUUAUGCAAUUUAAAGUGACCAGAUUUCAGAAACGGGAGACACAUUAUGCGCAACAUGAAAAGGGGAUUUUGUUGGAGAGGUGGUUGUUGAAAGAAGUUCUCCAUUCAUCACAGAAUGUUGAUUCUAUAAAAGAAAUGUCUGUUUCCUAUAAAUCUAACAACCGGGUUGUACAGAAUUUAUAUGUAUUUAGACUUCGCUUCAAGGAAGAAAUACAGUCUCAAUCGGAUGCAUGAAUGUCAAUAAUCUAACCAUCAUUGAAGUGCACAAGUAUUUUAACUUGGACAAAUCUUGUCCAGCAUGCCAUUCCUUUUCCUCAUAUCCAUUUCAUCAAGUCUCGUUUUCUACUUACUAGUAGGGCUGAGAGAUGAAUUCAACCUCUUAAUGUACUUUGUGCUAAACAUUUUCAUGUCUCUUUUAGGAAGUGAAGCAACUAUGUUUGUCAUGGAAGGUGUUUAUCGUUUUGCUGUUUUCAUUUUAUUAUGCAGAUAAUUAUCUCUGCUUAUUAGUUGAAUGUGUCAGAGAGUCGAUACAGAAUUUAGUAUUUUUUUUUGGCUGA